AUGGAUGAUAAAACCUCUCAUCGACUGGUGUUAAAUGAGUUUACAUUAUACGAGACAAAAACGAUUGAUCGAACAACUCCAACGGAUCCAACAGAGCUUAAUGUGAUAGAUGAUGAUGUAAUUUAUUCAAAACAAGAAAUAACCGAUAUAUUGACAGUUCUCGAUGAAGGAAAUAGAAUUUCUGGAGGUUUACACAAAGUUGUUACUGCUUACGGGAUAGUUGGCUUCAUUCGAUUUACCGAAGGUUAUUAUAUUUCGUUGAUUACGGAAAAAAGCCCUGUCGCUUUGAUAGGCGGACAUUACAUCUAUCAUAUUGACAAUACGGUUCUUAGACCAAUUGGACCAAAUACUAGAGUAGAAAAGAAAUCCGAUGAACAAAGUUAUAUUAAUUGGUGGACAAAUGAUGCACUAAAUCAAAAAGAUGGACAACAUGAUAUUGCUCGUUAUCAAGUUGUAUCAAGAUUAUCAAGACAAUUUGAUGAGGAAGAAGAUUCUGAUAAAGGUUAUUGGAUAGAAUAUUAUGGACCAAGGUCAAUUACAUCAUUUGAAAAAUUAUUUGCUUUUACUAUGAAUAGUACAACAAAAUAUAUACCGACAAGCGCAAAUCUUUCAACUUAUGACUACAGUCCUUUCACUGUUCGAGUAAAUCCACAAGGCACAAAAUUGAUGAAUAUAGGAGGAUUAAAGAAAUGGCUCGCUUUACCAGCUAACAAAGUUACAAAAGGAACUAUUAAAAGUUUAAACCCAAGCGUUUCAUCAAGUGAAGCAAAAGAAUAUAAACAGUACAUUAGUCAAAUUAAAAAUAUUUCAUUAACAUCAACACCAACAAGUGACACAGACCCAUCACUUACAAGUCAUUCAGAAUAUCAUCAUUAUGCCAACUAUGUUAAACGUGCCAAUCUUCCAAAUCCAAUAACCGACUUGAACAUUCCGGCAGAUGAAAAAGUUUAUUAUGAUUAUUUAGAAGUUCCGAAAAAAUGUGCAAUUCUACAAGCUGCUGGAUCAAAUCAUUAUGCCAAUAGCGGUGUUAAAAGUAGAUAUCAAGCUUAUGAGGCGUGGCUGAAAACCGGGAAAUUGAUCGUUAGCAAUAAUAAUAGUAAAAAUAAAAUUAACACUGUCAAUAGUCUUAUUAUUAGUGGUAAUGGUAGUGGUAGUAGCAUUAUUGUUGGUAAUAAAGAUGGCGGUCUUGUUGUUAGUAGUAAUAAUAACAGUAUUCAAAAUAGAAGCAAUAGCAAUAAUAAUUUUGAUCAGAUGAGAAAAGAGUUAUACAAAAUUAACGAAGUUGUUUGA